CCUUCUCCUCUUUCUCUCUGCAACUCAGAAAUUCAAAAUUCCAAAACCACAGAAAUGCUUCUUCUCAAAGCCACAGUCUUCACUCCGCCACCCCAAUCCAAAACCCUUACUCAAAACCCUAACCCGCUCACCGCCACAACCAUCUCCAUGGCCGCCGAUCGCCCCGCCGUGCAGCGAAAAAGGACUAUGUCCGCUCUCGAGGCCCGAAUCUCACUCGUCGCCGCUCUCGCCGCCCAAGCCUCCGCCGUCUCGCAGCGACUUUUGCUUGAUUUGGCUACGGAGACGGCGAAGUACGUCUUCCCCAAGCAAUUCGAGGCUCGGUCUCUCGAGGAAGCUCUCAUGUCAGUUCCGGACUUGGAGACGGUGAAGUUUAAAGUUUUGAGUAGGAGAGACCAGUAUGAGAUUAGAGAAGUCGAGCCUUACUUUAUAGCAGAGGCAACGAUGCCUGGAAAGACUGGUUUUGACUUCAAUGGUUCUUCGCAAUCGUUCAAUGUCUUAGCUGAAUACCUGUUUGGUAAGAAUACCACAAAGGAGACAAUGGAAAUGACCACACCGGUUUUUACGCGUAAAGUUCAGUCUGAUGGAGAGAAGAUGGAAAUGACAACUCCAGUGAUAACAAAGAGGGUGGAAGAUGAAGAAAAAUGGAAAAUGUCUUUUGUCAUGCCCGCAAAAUAUGGUGCCAAUUUGCCAUUGCCUAAAGAUCCAUCUGUAAAGAUCAAAGAGGUUCCAAGGAAGUUAGUUGCAGUUGUUGCCUUUUCUGGUUUUGUCACUGAUGAGGAAAUUAAGCAACGGGAAUCCAAGUUAAGGAAAGCUUUGAAAGAUGAUAGACAAUACCACGUGAAGGAGGGCACUCCAGUGGAAAUUGCACAGUACAAUCCACCAUUUACGCUUCCAUUUCAACGGCGUAAUGAGAUCAGUCUGGAAGUUGAAAGUAAAGAGGAUAUAUAGUUUCUAAUUGUCUAUCCAAAAACUUAGAAUCUUGCAGUCGAUCGUACACUGCUCUCUUGUAAAGAAACUGAAGCAGCUGGUUGGUUAUCUUCUCAAUUAAAAUAUGUAAUAUCAUACAGCAUAUAGGAUUAGGAAAUACAUAAAGAUUAUGAGUUUAUGACAUACCUAUCUUAUGUUUCAAUGACAAGCGUAUGUUUGGGGUGAACAGUUCAUUUAUGUAUUAUCUACUAUAUGUUUGUUGGAAUCUGUGAAAUUGUAAUAUGUAAAGCAAGCUUAUAUUGCAAGCGGGCACUUGGUA